CUAUCUUGCGCUUCCGGGUCAAACCGUUCCAGUCCGUUUUUCCUGCAGCAGCACAGGGGGAUUGGUCCGGAAAACCCGAACCCCCAUCACAAGCAGAAGGCUGCACGGGAUUAUAAGCGGUUUUCGCGAUUCUUGCACAACGACUUUACGCAAGCGACGUCACGGUGACGCGGUUUUUCACGGGGGUCGAGUAGAACAUCGAUCUGUAGUCCACCGCCUCUCUCUCUCUCUCUCUCUCUCCCUCUUUUUCUAACCAGUCAAUAUCCUAAAGCUAAUGAACUGAUUAGAUAUAUUCUACUCAGUUUCGGUGGAUUGUAUUUUCCAACAUCCAUUGCUUCAGAUUGAAGACUGAGAGAACACACAUCCUGGCUUUUCUUCUUGGAUCUUUAUGCUUUGGAUCUAGGGAUUUGAGGCCCCUUUGGGGUGGUGGGGGGGUUUAACCCACAAUAAUUAGAUUUAAACAAACCCCCCCGCCUAAGACUCAAAGUCUAUUUUUAAACCAAAUAACUUUUCACAAAACUUCACGCAUACAGAUCCAAAAUAGACCUUCAUAUUCGCAUCUUUGUGUGCGAUAUUAGCACUUCCAGAGCAUUUCACAGACUAUCCGCUAUUCUUUUUCACCCUCGGAUCUCCAGGCGGUCUUAACGCCGCUGAAAAGCCGGGGAACGAGUGCUGCUCAGCGGCCACCGCGCUCCAUCUUUCACGCCGCUGAUAUCAGAUAUUACACGCCCGAACCGGAUACCAUCAGACCCCCCCGGGCUGGUCUACAUCUGAUCAGUAGUCCUCCGUGUGUGUGUGUUUUGGAUUGGAUUUGGCGAUCAGAUUUCUCCUACACCCUGAGCCCCGUCGCGCGCCAUGCCCGGCCCAGUGGCCGGUAGUAAAUCUCGGGUGUAUGCCGAUGUCAACACUUUGAAGAGCAGGGAAUAUUGGGACUAUGAGGCCCAUGUGCCCACCUGGAGUGGUUCAUUGUAGGCUCGGUAUCGAUCGUGCUGGGAAAGUCAUCAAUCUGUGUGAUCGAGCAGCCCCUGUUUGAGAGCUGGUGAUGAGAGGAUGACAUGAACGGAUUUACAGAUGCAGCGUUAGAGAGCAGUGUGUGUCCUCGUCAGCAUCCACAGAUUUUAUGCAAAUGCACCGAUUCCCUCAAGUGUGCAGUCCACAUCCAUAACCAGGAGGAUUACCAGCUGGUACGGAAGCUCGGGAGGGGCAAAUACAGUGAGGUCUUCGAGGCCAUCAACAUCAACAAUAAUGAGAAGGUUGUGGUCAAAAUCCUCAAGCCUGUUAAGAAAAAGAAGAUCAAGAGGGAGAUCAAGAUCCUGGAGAACCUACGAGGGGGAACCAACAUCAUUCAGCUAAUGGACACAGUAAAGGACCCUGUGUCUCGAACACCUGCGCUUGUCUUUGAAUGCAUCAAUAACACAGAUUUUAAGGAACUGUAUCAAAAGUUAACAGAUUAUGAUAUACGUUUUUACAUGUAUGAACUACUAAAGGCUCUGGACUACUGCCACAGUAUGGGGAUCAUGCACCGCGAUGUCAAACCCCACAAUGUUAUGAUCGAUCACCAGUUAAGGAAGCUGAGGUUGAUAGACUGGGGUCUUGCUGAGUUCUACCACCCUGCACAGGAGUACAAUGUCAGAGUGGCUUCACGCUAUUUCAAGGGUCCAGAACUCUUGGUGGACUAUCAGAUGUAUGAUUACAGUCUGGACAUGUGGAGUCUGGGCUGCAUGCUGGCCAGUAUGAUCUUUCAGAAAGAGCCCUUCUUUCACGGCCAAGACAACUACGAUCAGUUGGUGCGGAUUGCAAAAGUUCUCGGAACAGAUGAGUUGUUUGGCUACCUGCGCAAAUACCACAUUGAACUGGAUCCACGAUUCAAAGACCUGCUCGGCCAGCAGACACGGAAGCGCUGGGAACAGUUUGUGCAGACGGAGAACCAGCAUUUGGUCAGCCCAGAGGCUCUGGACCUUCUCGACAAGCUGCUACGCUACGACCAUCAGCAGAGACUGACUGCCACCGAGGCCAUGGAGCACCCUUAUUUCUAUCCAGUGUUGAAGGAGCAGUCUCACACUAAUACAGAUGGCACCAUAGUGUCAAGUGGAACCAACACACCCCGAUGAGAGCAGGAACCGGAAAAGGCGUUUGUUACCUCAAUUUUUUAUCCCUUGUGUCUGAAACCUCUUCAAGUGUACAGUGAAAGUUGGAUCUAAGCAGCACCUGUUACACCUCGUCUCUCAGACACACAUACAUGCACACUCGUAUACACACACUGACACAGACAUUUCAACUUUCCGUGUCCGUCAAGGUUGGUCUGCCCCCUCUAUAACAGAUCUGUUCCUCUAGCUUGAAGAUUUCAAAGCUUUCCCUCCCAAGUUUUAGAUGAAAGGAAUAUAUCCUCGACUCCACCCCCAAGUACACUGGCCCCUCCCACCUUAAACUAGGCAUGGAGAAUGAAGACCAGAAUGAACCCCGCCCCCUCUCUCCUUAUUGGUCUGUGUGUCUGUCUGUUCAGUAUUCAGACCUUGGCGCAGCCUCCACAUACUGUAGUAAUAAAGUGGCAUGGUGGACCUUUAUUUCUUUGCUCUAGGUAGAUUGAUUACUAUAUUAAUGAAAAUAAAUGAUUUUUAUUUAGA